UUAUGGUCUUCGACUUCAAACAGCAUUUGAAGUGCAUCUGCGGCUUUGAUAACUCAGAUAGAGCGAUCGGACCGGUUACAGCUGUGGCUCUAUCAUUCGAUCAUAUGUUCGUAGCCUCGGGCCACGCGUCGGGACAUAUACAGCUGUUUGACUUGAAGACUCCUAAGGCCCCAGUCCGUUUCGUUGUCCCUACGACACUUGACGCUGUGGCAUCUGGGCGGCAAGAAGGGCACUUGGCUGGCUCCAGGAUAGUCAGUGUCGGGUUCAUCGCCGGGAGACAUACUGCCCUCGUUUCAGCCGAUGACAGCGGCCUUGCCUUCUACCAUAGCUUGGGCAAGGUCUUCUUCAUGGAUGCCUCGGAUACACUGCGACUGUUGGGAAAGUAUCCUGAUGAGGAGCUGCCGACUGCAUCGACCUCGCAUCACUUCCGCCGUCGAAAGACACGCAAAGCCAGUACUAUCCUAGCAACGGGACCUCUUCCGCUUGGCACAGCAUCACAUCCGACCGAUCAAUACAACCUGGUCGCGCUUCUCACGCCAAUCAAGCUCGUAAUCGUCGGGCUGAAGCCAUCGCCCAGAACUUGGUACCGAUGUCAUAGGGAAUCGGACGAUGUCAGCAUUAAAUCUAGAUUCAAGGGUACCCUCGCGUGGUAUCCAAGCAUCGUAAAGGAUGACGGCUCCUAUGCGGAGAUAAACGACAAGAAGGCUAAAGCCAAAUGCUCUACUCAAUCGUCAUCGACACCUAUGUUGAUAUAUUCUUGGGGCGAUACGCUGUAUCUCAUGCGCGUUUUCGAGUCCAAGGUUUCACAGCAAGUCCGCAACAAGCGGACAGGGAAGGUGGACACAGCCGAGGUCGGCAUAGUCACUUUCGAAGAAGCCGGGAAAUGGACAGUAGACGGCGAUAUACUGGCAUUGCAAUGGCUGAAUGUCAAUCAAGUUAUUGUCCUUACUCUCACCAAUCUGGAGGUGUACGACGUUCGCUCAACGAAGCUGGUUGAGCGUGUUCCAUAUGACGCUUGGACUCUCGUCUCUCCGACGUUGAGCCACACAACGAACGGCAGUGUCUCAUACCCUGAUGCCGUGACCGAGGUGGCACAUAGCAUGCGAGUUUAUAAGGGCAAGAUUUUCAUGCUUGGUCAACACGAGCUCCAGGUCGGGACGCUGUUGACCUGGGCCGAUCGGAUUUUAGCGUUCGUCGAGAAGGGCGACUUCUUAAGUGCUAUCGAGUUGACUCGUGCAUAUUACGUCGGGGAGACUUCAAGCAACAAAAACGGGCUCCCAGAGUCGACGGAAAAACUCAAAGAUGUCGUUGGAGAGAAGAUGCGCGAGCUCAUGAGAGCCUCUGCUGAUUACGCCUUUUCGGAAGAUCGUAUGAUUGACGAGACCCAUGUCACUCUGGACGGACGCGGUGUGGAUCGGACCUCUCUAUUCGAAGGGCUGGUCAGGACAUGCGCACGAGCCUGCAUCGCACUGGACGACUACGAAUAUCUAUUUGAGGAUCUCUUCCAAUAUUAUGAUGACAACGGCAUCGCGCGGAUCUUUCUAUUGCAAUUGGAACCAUUCAUCCUGGAGAGGAAGAUCCAUCAAGUUCCUCCUCGUAUCACUCAAAGGCUCGUCGCCAUGCAUGAGGAGAACAACCAGCCUGAUUUUGUGGAACGUGUCAUCUGGCAUAUCGAUCCUGACUGUCUCGAUGUGAAUCAGGCGAUUACGCUCUGUCAGAAGCAUCAUCUCUACGACGCCUUGAUCUACGUCUACAAUCGAGCGCUGAAAGAUUACGUCUCGCCAUUGGUGGAACUCAUCGGUCUUGUGCGAAAGGUCCAACAAUAUCGAAAAACUCGACGCGAGGGAUCUCCAGUGCCUGUGAAUGCAGGUGACGAAGCUAUCGAGCCAGUAGUGCUGAAUGCAUACAAGGUGUAUUCCUAUCUUGCCGACGUUCUCACAGGGCUGGCUUAUCCAUCCGCGGAGCCACUUCCGGAAGAGGAGUCGCUGCAAGCGAAGAAAGAUGUGUACACAUUCCUGUUCAAUGGUCGAUCUAGUGUGCGGCCAAUAGAAAAUGGAGAAGAGUUGAUCCUAACAGCCGACGAGGAGAACGGUGUAGAGCCGACAUAUCCAUAUACCCGUCUGCUCCUCCGGUUUGACCCCGAGGCGUUUCUGCACACGCUUGAUCUGGCAUUUGAAGACGCGUUUUUCAACGAUAAAACACGAGCUGUUAAUCGACUCGUGAUCGUUAAGAUUCUAUUGGAGAUCUUGUCUUCGCCAGCUCUUCCUCACACUGAGUUCACUUUCAUUAACGUCUUCCUUGCACGGAACAUUCCCAAAUAUCCGCAGUUCAUCCAAAUCCCUCCUAGUGCUCUUCAUAACAUUCUCAUCAGUCUUGCUGAAGACCCGGACUCUGCUACACGCGAAGACAGGCAGCUAGCUGCAGAAUAUCUGCUGUCUGCAUACACUCCGCAUGAAAGUGAAAGGCUCGCUGCUCUGUUCGAGAAGGCCGGAUUCUAUCGAAUAUUGCGCUCCUGGUACCGACAGGAGCGUCAGUGGACUCCCUUGCUCAAGACGUAUCUCCAUGAUCCCGACCUAUCUCGUUCCGAUCUUUCCCCUUACAUCAGCGACGUCUUGGUCAUGGUAGAACGUGCACAUAAAGGAACACUACCGACUGAGGUGGCGAACACGGUGGUUAGGUCAUUACCCUCGUUGCUCAGCAGCAGCGUAAUGAACACGGCUGCCCUGCUUGAUCAGCAUCUACCCACAAUGCAUGAAAGCGCGUUUGCCCUCUUGGAUUCUCGAAGCGAAGAAGAUCGCCAUGCCUACUUGCAGUAUCUUCUUGGUCCACCAACGGAGGGCGAGAGUUGCUGUUUCGUCCCGUUUCGCAGGGGUGGACCGUCACCUCAUGUACCCCCCGCUCUCCGGCAAAUAUACAUUUCCUUGUGCUGUCAUCUUGACCCCUCGAGCGUCAUUCCUGCUAUUCGCUAUCUCCCGUCAAAUUUCGUUGACGUUACGACCGUCGUCCAAAUAUGCGAGGAACACGAAGUGUAUGACGCAGCUGUCUGGAUGUUGAGCCAUAGUGGUGAUGCCAUGGCUGCUCUGGCCAAAGCUGAGGCGUAUGAAUCCAGUCUGUCAGCUAGGCUUGGUGAUGCAUUGUCGCAACCACAUCCUGGUUCGGAAUCUACCGUCACCUCGACAUUAUCCAUGAUACAAGCUAUUGGCGAGGCUGCAAUUGCUAUGUGCCUUGAACAAUUGCAAAAGUCAGUCAUCCCAGUGGAAGAAGUAUGGUUCCAGCUUCUCCGAUGUCAAAUCGAUGCUGUUCAACGCGUCGCCAGCGUCUGUUCAUCUGGGUUCCCCGACGCACAUCAGGACAAUUCAGAGAACAGAGAAUUUCUCGAGCUUCAACAGCGUACCAUCUCUAGUCUGCGCUCACUAGUGCAGCAGUCGUUUAGCUCUUUGAUGUCGAUCAACUCUGCAAAAGAAGUGUCACUCCCGCGUUUGUUCAAGCGGCUUAUCACUUCUGCAUCACAGAGCAACGUGGCUAAGCCUGCCCUAUACGCGGAGUUCAGAACGCUGUUUACCGGGAUGUUGGACACCUAUCGCUCAGACACAGACAUGCUAGUCAUUACCAAACAUCUCGUUGACGAUGAUCUGUUCGCGACGAUUGAAAUGCUAGCGCAGCAACGCGCCCGAGGAUGGCCAGCCCUUCAAGGGAUUUGUCGUUCAUGCGGAAAGCCCUUCCUUGACACAGUAAGUACACCAGAAAAUAAUACAGGAUCGAGCGAUGGAGUUCCCAUCAUUGUAUCACGGACAGGCGAGAUAUACCACAGUACCUGUGCAACAGCUGAGCAUCCUAAUACCAUUAGCGUACAUUAG